GGGGCGAAACAGGGGGCGUUGACCUUCUGGCUGGGUGGAGGUUAUUUACUCACUCGUGAUCGGAAGGAGCAAACACGUUUUAAAAGUUUAUCGUCUUACAGUCGCCAGCAUUUUGUGUUAAUCUAUUGGUCGUACGAUUGUUCCUUCAUCAAACCGAAGAUGUUUUACACUUGUGGUCCAAAUGAGGCGAUGGUGGUAUCUGGUUUCUGCCGAUCCCCUCCCUUGAUGAUUGCCGGAGGCAGAGUGUUUGUCAUUCCCUGUGUCCAGAAGAUCCAGAGAAUCACGCUGAACACUCUAACUCUGAAUGUGAAGAGUGAUAAAGUUUACACCCGGCAUGGGGUCCCCAUCUCCGUCACUGGCAUUGCCCAGGUGAAGAUCCAGGGCCAGAAUAAGGAGAUGCUAUCUGCAGCCUGCCAGAUGUUCAUGGGCAAGUCUGAGAAUGAGAUUGGCCAAAUCGCCCUGGAGACGCUGGAAGGUCACCAGAGGGCCAUCAUCGCCCACCUGACCGUAGAGGAGAUCUACCAAGACCGCAAGAAGUUCUCUGAGCAGGUGUUCAAGGUGGCGUCAUCCGACUUGGUGAACAUGGGCAUCAGCGUGGUCAGCUACACACUGAAAGAUGUCCACGAUGAUCAGGAAUACCUGAUCUCGCUGGGGAAGGCCAGAACUGCUCAGGUGCAGAGGGACGCGCGCAUUGGAGAAGCACAGUACAAACGGGACGCCGUCAUCAAGGAAGCACUGGCCAUGCAGGUGAAGGUGUCUGCUCAGUAUCUCAAUGAGAUUGAAAUGGCGAAAGCCCAAAGGGACUUUGAACUCAAGAAAGCAACAUAUGACACUGAGGUCAAUAGCAAGAAGGCAGAGUCUGAGAUGGCCUAUCAGCUGCAGGUGGCGAAGACCAAGCAGCGCAUCGAGGAGGAGAAAAUGCAGGUGCAGGUGGUAGAGAGGGCCCAGCAGAUCACGCUGCAGGAGCAGGAGAUCACCCGCAAGGAGCGGGAGCUGGAGGCCAAGGUGAAGAAGCCGGCGGAGGCGGAGCGUUUCCGCUUGGAGAAGCUGGCCGAGGCUGAGCGCCUACAGCUCAUCAUGGAGGCCGAGGCGGAAGCAGAGGCGAUCAGAAUUAAAGGCGAAGCUGAAGCAUUUGCUGUGGAGGCCAAGGGCAAGGCGGAGGCCGAGCAGAUGACCAAGAAGGCGGAGGCCUUCAAACAGUAUAAGGAGGGUGCCAUGGUGGACAUGCUGCUGGAGAAACUGCCUCUGAUCGCUGAGGAGAUCAGCAAACCCCUUUCAAGUGCCCAGAAGGUCACAAUGGUGUCUAACGGUGGAAGCGAGGUGGGGGCAGCCAAGCUAACAGGGGAAGUGCUGGACAUCAUGACCAGGCUGCCACAGGCCGUGGAGAGGCUGACUGGCGUCAGCAUUUCGCAGAUGGCGGGAAAACCGUCCAGGAUGGCAUGAGAACAUAUGCUCACGUUCAAGCCAAACGGAUGACAAUUGGCACAUCUCUUUACCGGAAUCCAUGUAAAGUCCUUUUAAUAUCGUGCCAAUAUCGAUGCGGCCAUGUUUUGUAGACUGCUCUGCUUUUUUCAUGAUGUCAUUUAUACCACGUAGCCAGAUUUCCUGUAGCCAGUGAUUUUUCUGUCAGGUGCAUCCAUGGCCAGCUCUACUACAGCUGUUCUGUAAUGUUCAGGUGUGGCUUAGCUAGGCUAGGAAAGGAAGAGACCGUGAAAGGCUGAGCUUUGAUGAGUAGGCCUGCCACACUCUGGGUGGUUCUCCUGCUGCUUUCAAAUAUAGGUCACACUCUCUGCAAGUCGCCCUCAGGGGGCAACAGUUUUAUACAGCGCAAAAACCUGCACCUCUAAGAAAGUCCACAAUUAGUUGUUUAGUUGAUUAUGUAGUUGUUACAUUAGUUGAUUUAGUUUAUUUGUGUUUAUAUACUCUGUAAUUCAUGAGUCCAGUAAACUGUCCGGCAGCUUGUUCACUGAGGGCUGUAAUGUGUACUGUGAAGUUCCUCCUGUUUUUAGAAAUACCUCCUACAUAAUUGUGUGUAACAAUAUAAGUUCCUACGCGUCCCUGCCCACGAUCGUUGUCCUAAAAUAUGGACACUAUGCUGAUAUCUUGUUACUGCACUGAUUGACUGGCGUCUCUAACAUCUCGUAUUUCUUCUGUGCAGUAAGAUAUUUUACUGCAGGUUACCACGUGUCGCCACAUCAAGGUUGUCUUUUUAGGUUUUGUUGUAUGUAACAGAUGAUUUUACUAUGCAAGUAAAACAUAUCAUGCUUCUGAAA